ACCAAAUCAUGGGACAAAACAAUAAUGAGUGUGCAAUAUCAGAUCUAUGGAGUUCAAUCUUCUGCAACAAGAAAACAAACCUUCCUCCAUAUAUCCACCCUCUUUCAAACAAAUCUUCCUCGGCUUUGAGUAACAAAAGCCUCGACAUUUGCACCGAGUCCCUCUGCUCCGAGACGGGCUUCGACUCCUUCUCUUCCUCCUACUUAUCGUCGGGCCAAGAAGAUUUAGAAUAUAAUCAUCACACGAAGAACAAGUCAAAGCCACAAGUGAUGAAUAUUAUCACUUCUCCUUCACGUUCCAUUCCUCCGCCACUCCCCUCGUUGGUUGGCGGAGGAAACGGAUCGUCACUUGUCAUGCAAUCGCGACGAUUAGAUGGGCGAUUGAUUCUUGAGGCGGUAUCGCUUCCUUCAAGUAAGUCAUGUUUCCAAACUCAACGGCUUGAUGGUCGCCUCUUACUUAAAUUAGAAAAGAGUUUGAGCGUCGAUGAUAAAGAGGAGAUCAAGGAAGGGGAGGGAUGUCAUUUAUCAUGAACAACAUGAAAAUGAAUCAAAUUAAAUCGCGGAGAAGAAAAUGAAAAUGGGAAGCGAAAAACUUUCGAGGUUGAAGCAAAUUUUUAAAAUUUAUUUUUGGUUUGAAGACAAUUAAAAACAUGACAAACUGUUUUGGUUGCUAAGAAUAGGCAUGUCAAGGGAAGUAUUUAGGUACAUCUUCAUGAUACAUUUGGGAUGGACUUUUUUUUUUUUUUUUUAAUUUGCAAUGUACUUACAUUUCGAUUCUUAUCAUAUAAUUCAUGUUUUUUUUUUCAGUUCCUUAAAAAAAUAUGUAAUAAUCAAAUAUUUUCA